CAGCAUUAAAAUGUCUCUGUCCGCUGUUGUAUGUGAAACCUACUACGAUGAAAAGAACAAGAUCUGGUAUGGUCCUAAGCAAAAGGACUUUUAUGGUGAUGACAUGACUUUGGGUGAUGCCAUUAUGACAGUGUUGCAACAGAAUCGCAACAAGGUCUUACAGUUUGAUGACGCCACCAAGCAAGAGUUAACGGGAGAGCAGAUGUUGAAAAAUGCCUUGAGCAUUUGUAAAACAUUUGUGAAACUGGGGGUGCAGCCGGGUGAUGUAAUGGGUUUAUAUGCCACCAAUAGCCAUUACUUGUCAUCGAUUGUAUUGGCCAUUUGGCUGAGUGGUGCAGCCACGAAUGCUGUCUAUGAUUUGUUUGAUGCAGCUGAAUUGCAGGUAAUUUACAAGGUCACCCGCCCUAAAUUCAUAUUUUGCGAUAUGGAAAAUUACCAUCAUGCUGUAACUGUUAAUGAAAAUUUGAAUUUGAAAGCCAGUAUUUGUAUUGUGAAUGGAGAAAUGGAAAAUUUCCUUAAAGUUAAAGAUCUAUUGGCUGAUUAUAGUGAUGAGGAAUUGGAGCAAUUUGUACCUCCCUGCUCAUCUAUAGAUGGUGAUUAUAGUGCUGCUAUUAUGUGUUCUUCGGGUACAACUGGGCCACCCAAAGGUGUGUUCAUGUCCCACAAGGCGGCCUUGAAUCAAAAACUUUAUCACACCCUUCGUGCCGACUCGGUGGCCUUUUCCUUUAGCUCUCUUUAUUGGGUGUCGGGAUUUUGGACUUUAAAAGAAUCCCUAUUGCGUGGUUGCCUGCGUAUCGUCACCACCAAACCCUUUACACCCGACUACUUUAUGGAUGUGGUUAAACGUCAUCAGGUUACCCACAUGGUUAACAGUACCAUGCAUAUGACCGAAAUCGCGCUUCUAAACAAACCCGAAUGGAAGGAUUGCAUGAAAUCCAUAGACACUAUUCUGUGUGGUGGUUCCAAGGUGCCGCAAAUAACUUGUGAAAAUAUUAAUAAUCUUGUGGCUGAUAAUACAAAAAAACCCGGUUUUGUGGUGGCCUAUGGCAUGACUGAAUUGUCUGCUUUGCUCGCCAAUAACUAUGUUCUGCUGGGUCGUGGUCUUAAGGGUGCCGAUGGCAAAUUAAUGCCCAACAAAGAGGUUAAAAUUCUCGAUAAAGAAGGCAAGGCAUUGGGCAUCAAUGAGCAUGGUGAAAUUCAAAUUAAAUUCCGUUAUAAAUGGCUGGGUUACAUGAACAACAAAGAGGCUUUUGAGAAGGUAUUCAAGGAUCAAUGGUUCUCUACCGGUGACAUUGGCUACUUUGAUGAGUUGGGUUUUUUGCAUAUCUGUGCUCGUGACAAAGAUGUCUACAAGUCCUUCAAUUUGCAUAUAUAUCCUGAGAAAAUCGAAAAUGUUAUUUUAAGAAUUCCCGGUAUUCAAGAGGUCUGUGUGUUCGGCAUACCCGAUGUCAUGUAUGCCAAUGUUUCGGCCUGUGCUGUGGUGCGUGCCAAAACUCAGGAGGGUGAUAAUUUAACCGAAGAUUUAAUUAAGAAAAUUGUUAGUGAGGAAUUACCUUCGUUCUAUCAUUUGUCUGGUGGUGUUUAUUUCUUUGAUACUCUACCCAAGACGGGUUCGGAUAAAAUUAAGAGAAAUCAUAUACGUGAUAUUGUUAUUAAAGAUAUGAAUGUGGAUUUUGAGUGAAGUAAUUUUUAGUUUAGAUUUUUAUUUUAUUUUACGUUUGUAUUCUUGUAUGAAAGUAGAUUUGUUAUUUGUUUUCAUAGCGAAGGUGUAUUUUUUUAAUAAAUAUAUUUUUUUAUUUAGAAAAA